AUGUCGAGUAAAUCGGAAUUGGAUGUUCUAUUUUCCCCGAGUCAAUGGUGUAAAGGUACUCGAGGGAGUCAACGAAGUGAACAGCAUGUUAAGUGCAUUGAACAAUAUAGUGAAACAGUAAGAGAAACGAUCCCUUGCAAGCUAAAUAUCCCAUAUGGUCCGGGUAAAAGAGAGUUAAUAGAUGUAUUCGGAACGGAUUUACCGGAAGAUUGUCCGGUGUUUGUUCAUUUUCACGGAGGUUACUGGCAAGUUCCUUCUAUUAGACACGAUAACAACUCGUUUAUCGCGAAAAAUUUACACGCGAGCGGCAUCAAAUCGAUUUUCAUCGGAUACGAACUCUGCCCUAACGUAACAUUACUCGAAUUACUCGAAAACACCCAAAAGGCUCUAAUAAAGUGCCUAACUUUAAUAAACACCUCCGAAAUUAGCGGUAUUUAUCUAUCCGGUCACUCGGCCGGCGCUCAAAUAGUAGCUGCUCUAUUCGAAGACUUCAUCGAUACUCUACCGGAGCACCAGCAACUUCUAUUCAAGUCAGCGUUUUUGAUUACCGGUUUGUACGACUUGGAGCCUUUACUAGGUACGACGUACAACGACUUGUUGGGGCUCGAUGGGGAUUCUGCGGUGAGAGCCAGCCCGUUACGCAGGAACUUAAAGCGAACCAACUGUGAAUUAGUAGUUAUUGUCGCCGAAUACGAUAGUCCUAAAUUCGUAGAACAGGGUCAGGAGAUGUACGAGCAUAUCAAGAGCUUAGGACUUCGUUGUGAGUAUGUUUUCCAGGAAAAUUCCGAUCAUUACGAGAUUAUCGAGGGAUUGUACGACUCGGAGAAUGAACUCUUGAAGCGUAUCAUCAACACUUGUUUAAUAAAAAAAUAA